UUUAGCGCGAGAGAGAGAGAGAGAGAGAGAGAGAGAGAGAGAGAUGGAGAGGAGGAAGCCGAACGCCUCGACGGCGGGCUUGCUGGCGUGGCCGGAGAAGGCACCGGAGGAGGUUGCGAUGGAGGCGGAGGCGGUGGUGGUGGGACGGCCACGACUGCAGCCGCCGGAUAAGGUUGGAGCAGUGCUGUUUGGGGGGCAGGUAAGUGAGGAAGAGGCGGAGAGCUUGAUGAAAAGGAAGCCUUGCUCAGGUCCUAAGUUGAAAGAGAUGACUGGGAGUGGUAUCUUUUCAACUGAAAGUCAAGAUAAUGCUGCUGAAUAUGGGAGCCCUGGCUCACGACCUUGUCAGCAAGCAGCUGGUGUGAUUAGCCAAAUCUCAUUCAGUGCCGAUGAGAAUGUUUCUCCGAAGAAGCCAACUACAUUGACAGAGAUGGCAAAGCAGCGCGAGCUAAGUGGUAAUCUGGCUGAUGACUCAGAUUCUAAAAUGAAGAAGCUGCUCUCUGAUGCAAAGUGCAAAGAGCUUAUUGGACAUGACAUAUUCGGUCCUCCUCCAGAGAUCACACCAAAGUCAUUAAACAAGCAUGCUUCUGUAAACAUUUCCACUUCAGCAGGAUUUACGGGCGAUGGCACAUUAACAGAGGAGGAAGUAAUCAAAACGUCGAAGAAAAUUUACAACCAGAAGUUCCAGGACUUGUUUGGCAAUAACAUCUUCAAAGAAGAAGACGCACCAUCGUCGGCAUUGACAGAUAAAACACUGAGCCCAGCAAAGCUCAAGGAGAUGAGCGGGAGUGACAUCUUUGCCGAUGGGAAGGCAGCAACCAGGGACUAUCUUGGCGGCGUUCGAAAGCCGCCCGGCGGCGGGAGCAGCCUCACACUUCUUUGACUUUGGCUUUGACUUAUUUAUGUUCUGAUCCUUUGUUGUUUGUGGUUUCUAAUCCAUUUCUCAGAAAUGCUGUUUUUAUCUUACUGAUCUGUGUGAUGUAUAUGCUGUGCAUUUGUGAUGCAAGAGUGGUGUCAUCUGAUUUCAUGGACUUCAUACAAUUUCAAUAAUAUUCUGUAUACUUUUUAUUCUC